AUGCAUACCCGAAUCGUUCCCUGGUCGAGAAAAGAAGAAUUAGAUGAUUUGAAGCAAUGGUUUUUCCAAAAAUGGUUAAAUGAAGACGACGAUGCAUCUAACAAAAUCACAGAUAUGCGUAUAAGAGCUAUCGAAAGAGUCAAUAGUUAUACUAGCAGGGGUUCAAUAUAUUUACCACAUGUAAUUGCCACUACCUCACAGUUAACUGCUUCAAUUUUAUUAGACGAAAAAUUUCAAAAUCAAGGCUCUACUUCUAAUGAAAUAAACGAGGAAACAGUAAGAUUAAGUUAUACAAUGGCAAUAAUUAGAUUUGUUAAUGGUUUACUCGAUCCUAGUCAGCAAUCAGUGUUUGCAAUCCCUUUACAUGUUUUAGCAAAAAAAAUCAAUCUUCCGUCAUGGUUAGUAGAUCUUAGACAUUGUGGUACACAUGAGAGAGAAUUAGUGAGUCUUGAAAUGCUUCGAAUGGCUUGUAAAGAGUCAUUGAAAUGGCUUUGGAAUAAUUACUGGAAUGAUGAACAACUAGAUGAAGCUUCGAGUGAUGAAGACAUUGAAGAGAAAACACCUUUUUUUGGCAUUGAUGCUGAAGAUUUAAUAGACAUCAUUAAUGUGUUAGUUAAAAUCAAAGAUCUGUUGAUAGAAAAUGUUUCUAUUUGGGAAAGUCAAAAUAUGCAAGUGAUAAGAAGCAAGAACUUUAGUGAUGAUCAUGAAUAUAAGAACAAACAUGGAAAUAAAAAAAGAAAAAGAAAUGACAUACCAGUUUCGGAGUUAAUCAAUAAUUACAUUUCAACUUUUAGAAAUUUAUGGAAGAAAAAUACCAACAAACAGUUAUUCAUUUAUAUUUGUGUGAAACACUAUGAUUCUAUCAUUUUUGAUAUUGGUUUGAAGAGACUGCCUGAAUUUGAUUAUGAACUGCUCAAAUGGUUGAUAGAGACUUUUUCGAAUCCCGAUCAUUCUAAGGUUAAAAAUAAUGUAAUUGAAUUACUUAGAGUUUUUAAAUCAUGGGAUAAGUUAGACACCAAAGUAUUGAAACCGUUAUUUGAAAAUAUAAAUUAUAAAGCUAUACCUUCAAGCUGGAGCAAAUGGAAACUACUUAUAGAAGCUCAUCCUAAUUAUCUGUCAUUAUAUACUUACCAAUCGAUGAUCGCAUUAUUCAAGGAUAGUAACAUGAAAACGAAAAAGAAACAUGUUAAAAAAGCCAUUGCUGAUCAAAUAAACGCAAUCUCGGAAACAAUGGAAACAUUUAUAGGAUCUUAUAAUGGUAAGUUCAAGAAAGCAGAUGUAGAGAGUUUUUUUGAGGGAAGGCAAAAAGUUGAAUCUAAGGUAUCCGCAUCCACAAUUAUUUCAAAACCUACUAAGUCAACUAAUGUAGACAGCAUAUUAGAAGACCUAGCCAAUUUAAAACAAAAAACAUCAAAGAAACCGAAGCUAACUACUUCACCCGACCAGAGCAUACUAAUUUUCCAAGACCAUCCUAAUUGGGAACCUAAACCUUUUGGAAUCUUAUAG